GUUUUAUGUUCAUUCUGGUGUGUUUUUGUGCAUUUUGGUGAAAAUAUGAACUUAUAUUUUUUAUAGUCAGUUUUGAUGCAUUUAUUCGCAAUAACUCGACGUUUUUCAACUGUGUAUGCAUAGAGGUGUGUUUGGAAAGUUGUUUUAUGUUCAUUUAGGUGUGUUUUGAUGCAAAUAUAACGUCAGAGGGCAUGUAAAGGCACGUGGCGAUGUUAAAAUAGAGUUCAUUGCGGUGUAAUAAAGGGCCUUAAGAAAGCUUUCACUCGAUGUCUUUUCACUGUAUGAGCAUAAAAGAGUGGAGUGGAGUAAAGGUGCAGUUAUCAGCUCCAAAUCACUGAAAAUAUAUAUAUAUAUAUUUUCCUUCUAUAGAUGACCAAUCCAAAAAACGCAGCAGAAUGCCCAAUAUGUGGUAAAACCAUGAAGCGGCUGUCCAAACACUUAUCUGGGUGGCACAAUUAACGAAACGGAAGCGAGAGGCAAAUACUAAACCAGCUGGCAAUAGGGAGGAUCACGGCAGGUGGCGGACCGUGCCCCCUCCCAAAUUGUCAGCAAUACGUGAUAUGGCUGGAAAAACACCUGCGCAGCCACAAAGAUUACAGCCAGGCCCGCAUUGAAAGGGAAAUAAAAGCCAUCAAAAGGCGCACGGCCAUUUCAAGGCUGAAGGCCCUGAGGUCCACACAGCCGGACCCUCCAAUGGUCUCAAUCCUGGACCUGUCAGACGAGGAGCCAGAGGAGGGUCCUGGCAGCUGCACCAAGUCAGCGUGUGUGAAUGCCAGGAAGAGGGUGCGGGAGCUGGAGCGAGAAGUCAAAGACCUCAGGGAGGCCAAUGCCGCCCUCCGUGAGGCAGCAGGGGAGGGGACCAGCGGCACCCAGAGGCCAGCUCCCGCCCCUCGGACAGGACGCAGCUCCAAGUCUGUGGAGGUGAUUGACAGCAGCAGCAGUAGCAGCGAUGCUGAGGAGGAGGAGGAGGAGGAGGCUCCGCCUGCAACUCCUUUGGCCAGCAGCAGCCAGAGGGAGGAGGACAGCGAGGAGAAGGAGGAGCAGAGGGAGGAGGAGAGUGAGAAGGAGAAGGAGGAGGAGCAGAGGGAGGCAGACAGCAAGGAGGAGGAGGAGCAGCAGAGGGAGGAGGAGGAGGAGGAGGAGAGUGAGAAGAAGAAGAAGGAGGAGAAGCAGAUGGAGGAGGAAAGAGAGGAGGAGAAGGAGGAGGAGGAGAAGAGCACGCCUGCUCCUUCAGCUCCGUCCUCAAAGAAGGCCAGGAAAAGCACACCUGCUGCCUCGGGAGAGAUGGAGGAAGAGGAGGAGUCUGAAUUUUCUGUUACAGGACGAAGAGCAGGCCAUGAAGCAGGGUCUGAUGAAAAUCGUCGAUGAUAUCCUGCAGGGGACGGGGGAGGAAGCCGACGAGGACGACAGUGAAGAAGAGGAUGCACCAACCCCCAUCCCAACAACCUCCAGCAUAUACAAGGUGCUGGGUCCCAUCUUUGGAGGCCAUUCAAAGCCCUCCAAGAUGAGGAAGAUUUCCUUGCCUCCCUCCAUCG